ACGUGGAAAAUUGUGCAAUUCAGUUCAAAUCAGGCAAGCUAUGAAAAUGUACACGAAACUUUUCAUUUGUGUAAUCUUAGUCUUAGCAGCAGCUCAGUGUGAAGCCGCUUUGCACUUCGAGAAAGAGGCAGAGGAAUUCGUAAACAAAUUUACGACUUGGAUAAACAAUAAGGAAUACAAACUCAAAAACAAAGUAGAACAUGCCGUGGAAGAUCUCAAGGAACUCAAUGAAUCCUUGGCUAAACGUUCCGUAGAACGAAUGCAAGCUUCCCUCUUAAUGGUCCAAAAAGAUUUGAAUUUGUGGAGAAAGAAUUUUCCCGAAAAGUGCUACAACCCGGCUAACGAAAAACUCAAAACGCUGAAGACCACCAGCGCUAAUCAAUUCUACGCGUGCUAUGAGGGUUCUGAGGCAGUUGCCGACUUAAACAAACUUGUUACCAAAGUCAAAGACUUGACGAGCAAAGUAACCGAACUUUUCCAAACCGUCUUGGCCGGCUUGCCACAUUGUGAACCCUACGUGACCGGCGAGGGUGCGAAAUGCGUCAACGCAUAUGUCCUAAAGAUCGUACAAUAUUUUACGACCGAUUUUCCGCAGUUGAAAGAUUAUUACGAAGAGUUGGACAUGGCUGGCCAAGAGGUUAAGACUCAAGCCGAAACGUGCCUUGAAGCACCUAGGACGGAAAUGAACAAACAACUCACCUCCCUCAUUGAGAAUCUCCAUAUCUGUUCCGCAUAAUUACUAAAAUACAAAUAAAACAAACAAUUUUCUUUAGGUA